AUGAGCGACGCCCAGAAGUUCCCAUUGGGAACAAUCAGCGCUCUGAGUUUAUCCGUUGUGUCGUCUGUAUCGAUCGUAAUCUGUAACAAGGCCCUUAUGAGCACCCUCGGUUUCACAUUUGCAACAACCUUGACAAGCUGGCAUCUCCUAGUCACGUUUUGCUCACUUCAUGUGGCGUUAUGGAUGAAGUUCUUUGAGCACAAACCUUUUGAUCCACGAGCUGUGAUGGGUUUUGGUAUAUUGAAUGGAAUAUCAAUUGGAUUGUUGAAUCUCAGCUUGGGUUUUAACUCUGUUGGCUUUUACCAGAUGACAAAACUUGCAAUCAUCCCCUGUACUGUUGUUUUGGAGACCAUCUUCUUCAGAAAGAAAUUCAGUAAAAAGAUCCAGUUUUCAUUGAUUAUUCUUCUCCUUGGUGUUGGCAUUGCAACCGUGACAGAUCUUCAGCUUAAUAUGCUUGGGUCCGUCUUGUCUCUGCUGGCUGUUCUUACGACUUGUGUUGCCCAGAUUAUGACUAAUACGAUCCAGAAGAAAUUCAAAGUUUCAUCAACCCAACUUCUGUAUCAGUCUUGCCCAUAUCAAGCAAUCACUCUUUUCGUGACUGGACCGUUUCUUGAUGGUCUCUUGACCAACCAGAACGUGUUUGCUUUCAACUACACCUCUCAAGUCCUGUUCUUCAUCGUCCUGUCCUGCCUCAUAUCUGUCUCGGUAAACUUCAGCACGUUUCUCGUCAUUGGGAAGACAUCUCCAGUCACUUACCAGGUUCUGGGACAUUUAAAGACAUGCCUAGUGUUGGCGUUUGGGUAUCUUUUGCUGAAAGACGCAUUCAACUGGCACAACAUUCUUGGUAUUCUUAUCGCCGUUGUUGGAAUGAUGCUUUACUCUUAUUACUGCACACUUGAAACUCAACUCAAGGCCAGCGAAGCAUUGACUCAAUUGCCCCAGAUGAAUGAGAACGAGAAGGAUCCGCUAAUUAGUGUGGAAAACGGGAGCGGAUUGUUAUCGGAGAAUGGAGUGGCAAAGGUGGAUCCUGUAUGGAACUCAAACAAAGACUUUAAAGCGUAG